GUCAACAGUCUGAACUUCUGAAUCUCCCUCCUGGUACCUGGAUCCUGUUCCAGGAUGUUGCUGACGUAAUAUUAUUAUCGGGCGCUCUUCCGACCAGACCAAUAUUCUCAGUCUGAAACUCAACAACCACCUCACGUCCCCACCUGGUUUUUGUGUACUCGAGAUUCUCGUUCUGGCUCAACGGCUGGCCGCCGUCUGCAUCUCUCAUUAUGUUCUCACCUACUGCUGCUGCUGCCACGCCGUCACCAUCACAAAUAAUACCUGAAGAUGAAGAGUAUUACUCUUCUUGGUCAUUAUUUCUGGUCUGUAUGCUUCUAAUUCUCUCUCUCUGGACCUCCUACUAUCUACAAAUCAAACGUAUACGUGCUGUACACGAAACUUUGGUGUCAAUAUUUGCUGGAAUGGCAGUAGGACUUAUAGUUAGACUGGCACCGGGAACCGUAAUCAGGGAAAUGCUGACAUUCAAGCAUACGCUGUUUUUCAACCUUCUCCUUCCACCGAUUAUCUUGAACUCGGGAUAUGAGCUCAAGCAGGAAAACUUCUUCCGUAAUUUCGGAUCCAUCCUCACAUUUGCAUUUCUGGGGACUUUCAUUUCCGCAGUUGGUGUAGGUGUUCUCGUUUACAUUUACUCUUUCCUCGGGCUUGAGUCUCUGGAUAUAACCCUACUCGAAUGUCUAACGUUUGGCUCAACCCUCUCUGCCACCGAUCCCGUCACUAUUUUGGCUAUUUUCAACCAGUAUAAGGUCGAUCCUAAGUUGUAUACCGUUAUAUUUGGGGAAAGCUUGCUGAAUGAUGCUGUCAGUAUCGUCAUGUACGAAACACUUACGCGCUUUCACGGCACGGAGAUAUACCUGUCGUCAAUCUUCCAUGGUGUCGGCAUCUUUUUACUUUCAUUCAGCGUGUCCAUGGCCUUGGGAGUAGCAUUCGGUCUUGCUACGUCGCUUUUGCUCAAGCAUUCGUCACUCAACCUCUUUCCACGUAUCGAGUCGUGCCUAGUGGCCUUAACGGCUUACACUUGUUACUUUUUCUCCAAUGGUUUGUCUAUGUCAGGCAUAGUAUCUCUCCUAUUCUGUGGCAUCACACUCAAGCAUUAUGCCUAUCAUACGAUGUCCCGCCGCACACAGCGUACCACGAAGUACAUAUUCGCCACUCUAGCCCAGUUAUCGGAAAACUUUAUCUUCAUAUAUCUUGGUCUGGCACUCUUCACUAGCGCUCCGACCUCGGAGAACGUUACUAGCUAUGUGAAACCCCUCUUUAUCACCAUCACAACCAUCGCUGUUGUAUUUACACGAUAUGCUGCCGUUUUUCCUCUGUCGGAGGCCAUCAAUUUCUUCCAGAAACAUGCUCGAGGCCAACGAGUAGAAGAGCUGCCUCAUUCUUACCAGAUGAUGUUGUUUUGGGCUGGAUUGAGGGGCGCGGUUGGGGUUGCGUUGGCAGCUGGAUUUCAAGGCAAUAACGCCAACAUUUUGCGCACAACGGUUCUCGCUGUCGUCGUGCUGACUGUCCUCAUAUUCGGUGGGACCACGGCAAGAAUGUUGGAAAUUCUGGGCAUACGUACUGGAGUGGAAGAUGAAGCUGCUAGUGAUAGUGACGAUGAGGAUGGUGUGAUGCUUGGAGGCGGUAGUAGAUGGCCGAGGCGGAGUACAUCCUUGAACGGUGGCCGAUGGGGCGGAUAUUCUGAUGAAGAGCCAAGUUACUUAGCCAACGCUCAAACUUUCGCGGGAAGGAUAGGAUCGCAUUAUACAUCAAACUACAAUCACCACACCUCCAAUCCUAUUCCGCCUAUGUCUCCUCAACAUGGCGUAUUUUCCGCCGCCUCUUCAGAGUCAGACUCUGACGCUGAAGUGCUUCCCCUUGCUUCAGCAUCACGGGAUCCGUCUUCUUUGGGAAACCCGCCACACAGUGCUCCUCCCCAUCAAACUACAUUUGGCGAAGACGGGAAAUGGUUCCAAGCAUUAGAUGAGAGAUAUCUUUUACCCUUGUUUUCGAACGCCACCGCUAGCCGAACAUUCCACGCUCGGCGAGCUAGACGGAGUCUCGGGCCAUCUGGAUCCAACGGAUUAUUGGGUGGGAGUGCGAUUGGUACUCCGGCAGAUAGCGAGGAUGAAGGAGAAGGAGGUCAUGAGAUGGAUUUAGGUCAUUCUGCGACGGUUGCUGGAGUGGGAGUAGGUGCGAAUAGUGAUAGCAGGAUAGAGAGGGGCCUUGCGAGUCCGAUGUUGAGAAGUUCGACAUCUUCUGAAAGUCGAUCGCCGUAAAGAAGUAACUUAUGUAUUCAAAAUUAAACCCAUGUAAUGGUUUUUAUGAUUUGGUUAUCUCUGCGUAUUUCUUUUGUCGUGUAUUCGUUGGGAUUGACUGAUACUGUAACUAUCAUUUUCUGUGACUUACAGUAUACAUAGAACGUGCAAUAGCUUGCAAUAGAUUUC